AGGCUGGCUGUGGGAAGAUUAUCGUGCUGACCGGUUUUGCUGGUUUAACCGGCACAAAACAAAAAAUUGCCCGGUUUUGGUCUAACCGGCGGUAAGCUGUAUGAACAAACACUACUUCGUUUUCAGCACAUAAAAAAAAAAAUGGCCGAAAGCCAAAAACCCAAAAAACCUAAUGUAUCGAAAAUUUGCCUUUGGAGCUUUCGUUUCCUGGUUCUUUCUUCUCCAGAGCCAGAGGACACGCAGCCCCGCUCCGCCGCUCCUCAUCUCAUCUGGCCGCCUACAGCCUGCGGCCUGCAACCAGCGAUCCGCGAUCGGCGCGCGAAAGUGACCCGCAGACCUGAGUCCUACUCCGCGAUCGACGUUCAUCUUCUCUGGCGAGUGGAGACCGACGAAAGGAUAUCCGCCGCCACGCUGCUCAGCUCCACUGCUCUGUCGCUCCUCAGUCCUCAGCCGGCGCGCCUCGCCUCUCCCUCUCCUGCUCCUCAGCCGGUACGCAUCUCGCCUCUCCCUCUCUUACUCCUCAGCCGGCGUGCCUCGCCUAUCUGUUUUGGUUCAUAUCCAAUUUUGAAGCUGAAGUGAGAGAAAAUUUCGUUUUUUUUUUCUUGCCAGCGAGCUGUAUUAUAUGUUAUAUGUGUCUUUCUGUUUCAGUUCUCCUAUAGCUGUGAAAGAUAAAUUGGUUUCAACUAGCCGAGGAGCUUAGAGGUUCAUAGCUCUACCAUGAAACUAGAAUAAGAUAGUAGAUGAACUCCUAUCGCUCUAAAAGUGAAGCACAACCCCUGUUGUUGCGAAUCCUAUGAGCUAUUCUCAUGAAGUUAGUCAAAUGAUCAGACUAAUCUGAAGUUAUGCAUCAGGUCCAAGACAUUAAAAAUAACAAAUGGGG